GCGCCGUGAUGGUGAGAGUGCUGCUGCUGCUGCGACGGAGGAAAGCUUGCUGGUCCAUAUCCCGGUGUUGCGUGACCAACCACCUGAUAUGGCUGAACUUGCGACCCGAACCCAUAUUGGCCGCCUCCGUACGGGUUGAAGUUACCCAUCUGGUCUCCCAUGUGGUCGGAUACAUAGGACUGCCCUUCCAUGGGCAUCUGCGGAGCCAUGACGCCUCCUCGAGGAGCUGCUGAUGAGGACGAGGCCGAGUGAUCGUUGCGAUAGACAAGCCCAGAGAUAUCCAUGACACCAGUGGCAGCAGACGUAUUCUCACGAUGAUGCCACGCAGAAGCCGGUGUUGAAGCUGCCACUAGCGUUACUACUGUUACCACUGAUACCGCCAGAGUUGCUGUUGAGUGGUUGGCCGGAAUAUGUGUGUUUUUUGCGUAGACGGGAGUGUUUUGCUUCUGCUGGGAGGGGAGGGGGGUGGGAGUAGGGGGGGUGUGGUGGUGGGCUGCUUGCUUGUUGCUCUGCUUGGGAUGGAGAUCCAAGAAGG